GGCCAACAUGCACAAGGUGCCAAGUGGUCCAAGUUAGUGGCGCUGCUCACUGAGUUCACGUCCGACGAGCCCACUCACUAUGACGCGAACACUCACUCGGUCUCCGCAUUGAAUAGACUGUGGGUCAGUUUACCUGGUUGGAUCAUUUGCCAGAUUCAUGCGGUUCCCCGCGUCCAGGGGCUUCCUGAAGCUUUGGCUGAGAAGGGAGUGAGCGACCACGCAGCUCAGUCCUGCUCCAACUCGCAGGGCGCCACCAAGCCAGUAGAGUACCAGCAGAUCCCGAGGCACAUCUUCGAGUCGGAGGCCUUCCAGGACCUGCUGAAUUCGGUCACGCGGCAGCUUGGUUUCGAGUCUCGCUCACCUCCUGGGCAGAUCGAGCUCUUCAAGUGGGCUGUUAAAGAGGUUGCGCGUGGGAUCCGUG